UAUAUCCAUUGCGGCCCUAGUGGCAUUGACAUUUUCUCUGAUUACCUCAGCGGCCGUGGACCAAAAUGAGGGGAAUAAAAUGGAUUCAGCUUCAAGCAAAGACGGUGAAGAUACAGCAAUGGUAUUGAUGAAAGCGAUGACGGAGUGCAAUGAAACGUAUCCGAUUGAUAAUUCAUACAUACAAUCUCUGAAUGAAAGUGGCAGCUUCCCGGACGAAACUGAACGAACGCCUAAGUGCUACGUCCGCUGUGUGAUGGAGAAAGUGGGAGCAGCAACUGAAGAAGGGGUGUACGACCCCACCCGGGUGAUGUCAUUUAUGGAGCUGUUCAGGAUGAACCAACAGGAUAAGAGCGGCUUUAAGGAUAUAGCUGAGCAGUGCAAUGAUAGAAAGGAAACGUGCAAAUGCGACAGAGCUUACCAGUACAUGAAAUGUAUAGCGCAAAAUCAAAUUAAGAAGUAUGGGGCUUAAAAUGGAAGAUCUUCAAAAUAAUAGUGACUAAAUAAACG